GUUAUCCUUUCUUCUUGCUCAAAAGCAAGAUUGCUACAGUAUUUUAAAUUUCUUCUAGUCUAAGUUUCCUAUUUAAAAUUGUAUAACUCAUUGAAAUUAACGAAUAUUAGAACGCCAAUUCAAAUAUGGGAGAUAAAAUGAGUGAUGUUGAUCCUAAUUCCUAUUCUAAUCCCGAGCAAUGUAUCGUAACUGAUAUAAAUUUAAACUUAGAAGUUGAUUUCAGUAAACAUAUAUUAAAGGGCUAUGUAGACUUAUAUGUUGAAAGGAAAGAUAACAAAUCUGAUCUCGUAUUGGAUACUAAGGAUCUUGUCAUACAUUGUGUAAGGAACAAGAAUACUAUGAAUAAAAUGAGCUAUGAGCUUGGGGAACCACAUGAAAAAUUUGGAACAAGACUGGAAGUAAAAUUACUGAAGAGGCCUAGUAAAAAAUGUGCUGUAAGAAUUGAAUAUGAAACUUCACCUAAAGCAAGUGCAUUGCAGUGGUUAGAACCUAAUCAAACUGCCGGGAAGAAACAUCCAUAUAUGUUCAGUCAGUGCCAAGCUAUUCAUGCACGUUCUGUUCUUCCCUGUCAAGAUACGCCAUUUGUUAAAACAACCUAUUCAGCUGAUAUUAGUGCACCCUAUGAAUUAAUAGUUCUAAUGAGUGCUGUGCGUGAUGGGGAGGAAAUUGAUGAUGAUCCGCUUAUGAAAAAAUAUAAGUUUGUUCAAAAGGUUCCUAUUCCAUCAUACCUAAUAGCUAUUGUAGUUGGAGCUCUAGAAAGCAGAGAAAUUGGACCACGCUCACAUGUAUGGGCAGAAAAGGAAUAUAUUGAGCAGGCUGCUGAAGAGUUCUCAGAGACUGAGAAACUUAUCUCAACUGCUGAGGAGCUUUUAGGUGAAUAUGUUUGGGAGGUGUAUGACUUAUUAGUACUUCCACCAUCUUUUCCAUUUGGUGGAAUGGAAAAUCCUUGCUUAACAUUUGUUACCCCAACAUUGUUGGCUGGUGAUAAAUCAUUAGUUGAUGUUAUUGCUCAUGAAAUUUCACACAGCUGGACUGGCAAUCUUGUAACAAAUAAGAAUUUUGAACACUUCUGGUUAAAUGAAGGCUUUACUGUUUUUGUUGAGAGAAAAAUUUUAGGGCGAUUGCAUGGUGAAGAUUUUCGAAAAUUCCACGCUCUUGGUGGAUGGAAAGAACUCAAAUAUACAAUUGACACGCUAGGUGAAGAUGAUCCUUUGACAAACUUAGUUCCUGAUUUAAAGGGAGUAGGUCCUGAUGAUGCUUUCAGUUCAGUGCCAUAUGAAAAAGGACACACACUUUUGUAUCACCUUGAAGAACUGCUUGGUGGAGCAGAAGUGUUUGAAAAAUUUUUAAGAGAUUAUAUUGAAGAGUACAAAUACCAGUCUGUAGAUACUGAUAUCUGGAAAAGUUAUUUGUAUAAAUAUUUCCCUGAAAAGGAAGAUGUUCUAAACAGUGUUGAUUGGAAUUCUUGGUUAUACACACCAGGGAUGCCACCUGUUAAACCUGAUUAUGACUGUGAUUUGGCAAAGAAGUGUGUGGAACUGAGCAGCAGUUGGAUCAAAGCUGAUGAUAAUGACUUAGCACAAUUUACUUUUAAAGACAUUGAAAACUUUUCGUCACACCAGAUUUGUGAAUUCCUUUCGCUCUUAUUGCAACAGGAACCGUUGUCGGUGAAAAAAUUAGAAAAAUUAGAUGAAGUAUAUAAAAUUGGGACUAUGAAAAAUUCUGAAAUUCAUUUUAGGUGGAUCAGGUCAGGCUUAAGAGCUCAUUGGAAAGAUAUUGUACCCCAUGCCGUAAAAUUUGCCACGGAGCAAGGACGUAUGAAAUUUGUGCGACCAAUAUACAGGGAUCUGUACAACUGGGAUGAAGUUCGUGAAACAGCACUUUCAACGUAUCGGAAACAUUCUCCAUCAAUGAUGUAUGUUACAGCUUACACAGUUGGGAAGGAUUUGCAUCUAUCUGUGGACCAGAAAUGAAAACUAAUAAAAUUAGUUUUACUUAAUGUUGUAUUAAUUUCCUUACUUGGAACAAAACUGAAAAUUGCUUUUACUAAGUUGUUAUUUCAGCAGUGAACAAAUAUUAGAUAUCCUUAUCUUUGGACAACCAAUGCUCAUAAUUGUAAUGAAUAAUUUUAAUAAACAUUCUUAUUUUAAUUUUCAUAGUUUUAAUAAUUGUACUAAAUGCAGUUACUUUUGACGAAAAGUGAAUCUUAGUGACAUCUAAAUAACACUACCUGACAAAAUGAAUCGAUUUUCAACUGCUAGAAAAAUAUGAUUCUGCAAACUAAUUUUUAUUCCCAUUACCCUUGUAUACUCUGUGAAAGUACAGUGUGCUGCUCUUUAUUAUCUGUAACCUGUGUUUGUACAUAAAUUUUUCAUUUCAUGAA